AUGCAAAGAACCAUCAAGAGCAUCCUAGCACUCGCUCUCUUCACGGUGUUGGUGUUGUGCUUCACCACCAAGACAGCAUUUGCUCAACAACAAGAGCAAGUACUUGCUGAUUUACAACUCUUUGCCGAUCAAUUAAUGAUGUCAGAUAUGAGUCAUCCUCGAUUUGAUGAACACUUGGAAAUGGUGUUGGCAGAUAUGGCAUCCUAUAAUUUUGAUAUUGAAGCUGAUGAUGAGCUUUUGAAUUAUAUUUCGACUUUGAGCGAUGCUGAAGCCAUGGCUUUGGCCAAGUCAUCUGCCAAGUUCAGAAGAUUCUUUAGAAGAGUUGGUCGAUUUGUUCGAAAGGCCGGUAGAGUCAUUGGCAAAGUCGCCAAAAUUGCCGUCCCAAUCGCUCUCACUGUCUUCUCUGGUGGUGCUGGUGCUCCAGUUUUGGGAAGUGUUGGUGGUGCCAUUGCAAAGGGUGCUGCAUUCCUCGGUAAGGCCUCCUCCAUCAUUGGUAAAGGUCAAGCCAUUUUGGGUGGUUUGAAUGCUGUCACUGGUGGUAAGAGUAAAUUCUUGAAUAAGAGUUUGGGUUUCUUGAAUAAGGUUGGAGGUGUCAUUGGUAAGGGACAAAUGUUCUUGGGACGUGGUGCUGAUAUUGUCAGUGGAUUGAAGGGAUUGAGUGGAAAUUUGAAGAGUUUGGGUGGAUUGAAGGGAAUUGUCUCCAAUUUCAAACCAUCUCAAUUGUUUAAGGGUGCUAAUAUCUUCCAAAAGGGUCAAAACUUUUUGAACAAGGCCUCUGGAUUGAUUGGAAAGGGUCAAAAAGUUUUCCAAAAUUUGAAUCUCAUCACUGGUGGUAAGAGCAAGUUCGUUAACAAGGGAUUGACAUUCUUGGAUAAGGCCAAUACUUUCACUGGAAUUGGAAAGGAUGCUUUGAGUGGAAUUCAAGGGGGUGUCAAUUCAUUGAAGAAGUUGAAGAAUUUGAGAGGACAAGAUUUGCGAAAGAUGCUCACUUCUGGUGGUCUUCAAAAAUUCUUGGGACGUGCUGAUAAUGCUAUUGGAAAGACUCAAGAUAUUUUGCAACGAGUGAAUGAUGUCACUGGUGGAAAGAGUAAGAGACUCAACAAGAUUUUGGGAGCUUUGGAAAAGGGUAGAGGAUUCAUUCAAGGUGGUAAUCAAGCCAUUAGUAGCUUUAGAGAUUUCAGAGCUUCAUUGAAGAAUUUGAAGGGUGUUCGAGGAAUUGAUGGAGCUAUUCAAGGUGCUCAAAGUGUUUUGAAUAAUGGACAAAACUUUAUUGGAAGUCUCAACCAGUUGACUGGUGGAAGAUCAAAGAGAUUGAACAAGUUGCAACAAGCUUUGGGUAAGGGACAACAAUUCCUUGACCGUGGUGCUCAAAUUGUCAAUGGUGUGAAAGGUGUCAGACAAACCAUCAAGAAUAUGGAUCCAAACUUGUUCAGAAACUUCUUCUUGAAGAAUGAAAAUGGUAAACUCCAAGUCAAUCAACAAGGUAUUACUCACUUCCUUGGAAAGAUGCAACAAGUGUUGGGAACUGGUAGAGAUGUCUUUGAAAAUUUGAAUCAAGUCACUGGUGGAAAGAACAAGUUCAUUAAUAAGGCUCUCCAAGUUCUCCAAACAGGACAAAAUGGAGUUGAACAAGGUCAAGAAGCUAUUCAAAAGGCUCAUGACAUUUGGCAAGCUGUUGAAAAUGUUGCUCACACUAUGAGAACCUCAUUGGAACAACCUGUUCAAGAACAACAACCACAAGAACAACCACAACCUGAAGAACAACCACAAGAACAACCAACUGAGACUCCAGUCCAAGAAGCUCAACAACCAACUGAAGCUCCAGUUUCUGAGGUUCCUUCUGAACAAGCUCAACCAGAUUUAGAACCAAACGAACAAGUGCCUCAAAAUGUUGAACCAGCUGCUGCAGGAUAA